AUGCCGGAAAACAAACCAUUUCUCAAACACACUCCCAAAGUUGGAACAGGAAUUACGAUGCUCUUGGAACCACAGAAUCUCGAUUAUUCUACGACUAAAUCGACAGGCGAGACUAUCGAGCAAUGGUCACCUUUCAUUGGCAUCGUCACCGCCAUCAUCGGCAAUAUUCUCAUAUCUUUUGCCCUCAAUAUCCAACGCUACGCACACAUACGCCUCGGUCAAGAGUUUGACGAGAAGAAGAGCUUGCGACACAAUGAGCGAAGCAAACCUGAUAAGAAAGACUACGGCACGCAACAGAGUGACGUUGCGGAAGAAAGAGCCAGGCUAAAUCUGAAGACCCAGCAAUGGGACAAUGGGCGCACCGUCGAUGACGAGGAUCCUAGCAAGCUUGUCAAGCCAAAAUCAUCACACUCUUCACUACGCUCUGAUACUUCCACAGACUCGACGAUCAAGCCGUCGGAGAAGAAUGAGCAAGCAACUGAGCGAAAAACCUAUCUCAAGUCUCCAUAUUGGUGGGCAGGUAUUGUCUUGAUGAUUGUUGGAGAGGCCGGAAACUUCCUCGCAUAUGGUUUCGCACCAGCAUCAAUUGUGUCGCCACUUGGUGUUGUCGCCUUGAUUUGCAACUGCAUCAUCGCACCAUGUCUACUUAAAGAAGCCUUCCGCCAAAGAGACUUCUGGGGUGUGAUGAUAGCCAUUGGAGGGACCGUCACUAUCGUCCUUAGUGCGAAGACCUCGGAAAAGAAGCUGGGUCCCGACGAUGUCUGGGCUGCCAUCACUCGUUGGGAAUUUGAGACAUAUCUUGGCAUCACCGUCGGUCUCAUCAUUAUCUUGAUGUGGGCCAGCCCUAGGUACGGACAUAGGAGUAUCUUGAUAGAUCUUGGGCUGGUUGGUCUUUUUGGAGAAUAUACUGCACUAUCAACCAAAGGCAUCGCGUCCCUUCUCUCGGACACACUCUGGCGAACCUUGACUUUCCCUGUCACUUAUCUGCUUAUCUUCGUCUUAGUCGGCACGGCAAUCAUGCAGAUUCGUUACGUCAAUCGAGCUUUACAGCGCUUUGACUCGACGCAGGUGAUUCCGAUACAGUUCGUCUCCUUCACACUUUCAGUCAUCAUCGGAAGUGCGGUUCUCUAUCGCGACUUUGAAUCAGCACCGGCAGCAGAAAUGGGCAAAUUUGUCGGAGGCUGUCUGUUGACGUUUUUCGGCGUUUACCUCAUCACAAGUGGGAGAGCUCGUGGUCAUGACGAUUUCGGGGCAUACGAUGAUGAUGAGGAAAAUACAAUUGGGCUUGUGGAUGAAGAGCGGUUUCAGGACGAGAUGGAUGUACCGUCGAAAGAGCAAGCGCGGAGACAGUCAUCUACAAGUCCACGCUUCAAUGGAUCUCAGAUGGAUUCGCGACGAUCUUCCAAGCAACAACCUUUCCCAGCUAUAAGCACACCAAGUCGCAGAGCGUCGCAAGCUUCGACUGCCUCUAGCGAGUUCGAUUCUUCUCUGGCAGCCAACCCCUGGCGGUCAAGCGACGAAUUGUCCAGCGCACCUCGCAGGCCAACCCAAACUCUCGAAAGCACUAUCUCUCAACCUCUUUUGCCUUCGCAGGCUGCUUCAACCAGUCAAACGCCAGAGACACCCUCCACACCUGAUCGGCCGAGCCUCUCACAGCGGUCGAAAACCCGGCUUACUCCAGGGCCUCUCAUGUCACCCCUGUCUCCGUCCUUCAGCGCCAUCGUAGCAGAUCAGAGGAGGAGGUCAUCCGUGGCUCAAAUACAAGCGAGGCGCCCGACUCUGACUCAGAUGAGGAAGUCAAGAUCGAGUCGAGGAUCGAACGGGGUAUCUGGCGAGCUGGCCAUCACGGAAGCAUCGCCGCUGAAGCACACAAGAACAGCAGAUGACAUGAUACCUGAGGAACGUCCAUCGAUGGGGGAUCGUUCUCGGAGCGUCAGGGCGUCAAUGGCAAGGUUCUUCAAGAAGGAGAGUAAGGGCAAGAGCCAGGACAGAUCGGGCGACCAGAGCGAAUUUUGA